AAACAACUAAACCCUAAACCUGAGAAGAAAACCAAAAGCAUCGCACAACCUCUGUCAAAUACAACCUUGCCUGCCUCGCUGUCAGCCCACCGCUGCCGCCGACGACCGCCGCGCGCAGCUCUCCGUCACCCUCGGUUCUAUUCGAACGACCCGCAGAGGCUCUAAACUGAUUGAAGAUGACUCGCGGCAUAAAACAUCGAAUGAAGGCCAAGAGCAAGAACAAGGGAUCGAAGAAAGGGGAUGGGACUUCUUCAUCUUCUCUGGAGCCGCAAAUUCCAGUGAAGGUGUGGCAGCCGGGUGUGGACAAGAUGGAGGAUGAUGAAGAGCUCCAGUGUGAUCCUUCUGCUUACAAUUCUCUUCAUGCUUUUCACAUUGGAUGGCCCUGUCUGAGCUUUGAUGUUGUACGCGACACUUUGGGCUUAGUUCGAACAGAGUUUCCCCACACUGUGUAUUUCAUGGCAGGGACUCAGGCAGAGAAAGCUUCAUGGAAUUCAAUUGGAAUUUUUAAAGUAUCAAAAAUAUCUGGUAAGAGACGUGAAUUAGUGCCCAAACUUGAAGCUGAUGACUCUGGAGUGGAUGGUGAGGAUAGUGAUAGUGAGGAUGAUAGUGAAGAUGAAGAUGAAGAUGGUGCUCAGGGUCCCACUUUGCAGUUGCGAAAGGUAACUCACGAAGGAUGUGUCAACCGUAUACGUUCCAUGACACAAAAUCCCCAUAUAUGUGCAACUUGGGCAGAUACCGGUCAUGUGCAGAUCUGGGACAUGAGCUCUCAUCUCAAUUCUCUAGCAGAGACAGAAACAGGUGCCCAAGGAGUUGCUGCUGUUUUUAAUCAGGUCCCACUACAUAAAUUUAAGCACAAAGAUGAAGGAUAUGCUAUAGACUGGAGUCCUGUUGUUCCUGGAAGGCUUGUAUCUGGGGAUUGUAAUAAUUGUAUCUAUCUGUGGGAGCCCACAUCUGCUGCAACAUGGAAUAUUGACAACGCUCCAUUUAUCGGACAUACUGCUAGUGUUGAAGAUCUGCAAUGGAGCCCUACAGAAGAUCAUGUUUUUGCUUCUUGUUCUGUGGAUGGAAGCAUUGCAAUAUGGGAUACCCGUCUGGGGAAGUCGCCAGCUGCGUUUUUUAAAGCACAUAAAGCAGAUGUGAAUGUAUUGUCAUGGAACAGGUUGGCUCCCUGUAUGUUGGCCUCGGGGAGUGACGAUGGGACUAUUUCAAUUCGUGAUCUCAGAUUGCUCAAGGAAGGAGAUUCGGUGGUAGCACAUUUUGAAUACCAUAAGCGCUCAAUCACAUCCAUUGAGUGGAGUCCACAUGAAGCCUCUUCAUUGGCUGUUUCAUCAGAAGAUAAUCAGCUCACAAUAUGGGACCUUUCUUUAGAAAGGGAUGAGGAAGAGGAGGCUGAAUUUAAAGCUAAAACCAAAGAACUAGUUAAUGCUCCUGAAGAUCUGCCUCCCCAACUACUGUUUAUUCACCAGGGACAGAAAGAUCUUAAAGAACUGCAUUGGCACACACAGAUUCCUGGAAUGAUUGUGUCUACCGCAGCAGAUGGAUUCAACAUCCUUAUGCCUUCAAAUAUUCAGAGCACCCUGCCAUCAGAUGGUGCUUGAUACAAGGCAUCACUGUUCAGUUAUAAUAGGAGGCAGAGAUAAUUCCUAUAGCCAUAGGUAUUGCUGUCUUAGUUUUGAUAAGCGUCUUCUGGUUGCAACCAUCCCAAAUCUACUUGAAUGCUGAAGAGAUUUUCCUUUUGUACUUUUCCUCCCCCGCUGGUUUCAUUUCUUUUCACCUGUGCUUCAAAUUUUGUUAUGUUUGAGUUGAGCUUUUGCAGAUGCUGUUUGAAGCUAAGCACUAGUUGUAGGUUUUUCUGAGGUUUCUUGUUUGUUAGAUGAUAUUGAGCAAGCAUUUUAUUUAGAUUAUAUAAUUAAAAACGAACCUGAUUUUUCCUGGAAUUUAAGGGAAAUUGGAUGGUAGUCAAUAACAAUGACAAAAGCCAUAUAUUUGUCUA